UUAUCAGAGCAGGGAGACAGAAGGCAGUUUGCUGUUGGCAGGAGAAUCAGUCACUCUUUCUCUCUCUCAACUUGCUCAAACUGCAAAAUCUCUUACACAUUCUCUCAUUCAUUUAUUGUCUUUCUAUUUACCAGUCUCUCUCACCUGUUUAAUCUUUUCAUUAUUUCAAGAUUUACCCUAUGGAGUCACGGCAUCAUGGGUAUCAUUCUUUCAAUCCAAGUCUUACAAUGCCAUUCCAGACCUGGUUGAAUUCCUCUCAUCAGAACGAUGAGCAGGGUCCAAACUGUGUGGCUUCCAUGGGCCCGAGCCGUGUGUUACUUCAGGAGCUUCUCUGGCAGUUUGAGCAGAGAGAGUGUACGGCUCUUGAGGAAGAGCGCCGACGUUCUUAUGACUCUCCAGCAUAUAGCCGACCUCCCACCCGGGACAGCUUGCUUGCCCUGAUACCAGCAUCUGAAUGCAGACUGUUAGAACGUCUGUGUGCCCAAAUCCCACCAUCACACACAGCCACUGUUCUCUUCAGAUUCCGUGAAAUUCUGGCUCACAAUUAUGUCGUUCCCUGGGAGCUUGUGUGCAUCUUCAAGCAGGUGCUCAGGGACUUCCUGAAAAGGCAGGAAGAAGUGGCGUACAGGAGAUCUUGCCCUCCAGCCUCACCAAUGCUCCUUCCCGUUUCUCCUCCAUUUGCAGACGCCAACACUCGUGACCGAAAGACUACAAAAUCGUCUUCUUUGGAAGGGCAAGAAAGGCAUCGAGAGGAGAUCCCAACUAUAUCCAGCUAUGUGGACAGGCAUUUGAAUAGUGCUUAUUUCUAUACUGUACGAAAGCACUGUCUUCCCUACUGUCGCUCUUUCCCGUAUGACUAGCCCAAGGUCUACCGUGCUAAACCAUGAGUGGCAGAAAUAGCUCAGAGAAACCUUCCACAGUGUCCUUCCCACAGUCAAAAACCCUCCUCUGGAUAUAAACAAGACAGCACUAGAGAGACCCUUUUUGAGUAGCUCCUUUAUUAGCGAUCGAUCAUUGCGGGACAAGGAGAGUGCUUGGAUGAAGUCAGAUCAUUGCUUAUAUACAUGAAACAGUGAGCACAAAGAGUCUAAAAAGUUUACCAGUCAGUUGGUUUUGAUUAAUUUCAAUAUCCACUGAUCAACUUGAUAGGAAUUUACAACUAUACUGUGUCAUUACUAGUCACAAAAUUAAUCCAAAGAUUUAUUUCAAAAUCAUGAGCCAUUUAAACUCAGUAAGCAACAACACAACAGUCAGCGAACUUGCACAGAUAAAUCAGCCUGUUUUGGGCUUUUUUUUUCAGUUAUAUAUUUAGAUUACAAUGCAGCACAGAUUAGCCUGAGGGGAAAGAGCAGGACAGCUCUCUUUAUGCUUCAGUAGAUCUCUGGAUGCACUGAUCACACAAAACACAAACGUGUGUGUGUGUGCGCACCAAUUAACUAAUGCAGUGUUUUCCCAUCUUUGUGUAGCAGCUAGGUGGAACAGGACAUACCGUGCACAAGCUAGAGCUAAAGCAGGACAUACCGCACAUAAGCUAAAGCUCGAGGAAAUGCCGAAAGGAGGGACAUUGUUCCCAUGAAAUACUCGCUGAGCCAAACUGGCAUUGCUUCAAGGUUUUCCUUUUUAUAUAACUGUCCCUCUGUGGGUAUUUAUGUAUCAUAGACCAAAUAUUGCCAUUUCAGCCUACAGCCAAAUGUUGCACUGUGUUUUGUUAUUAAAAUUUGUAAUGUCUUAUGUAAAACUUAGGUUACUUAAGUACUUGCAAUGAUUAAAAAUAUGAA